AACAGGGACAAAGCCGUAAAUUCCGCCCCGUUUCGCUGUGCCGUGCCGUCCCUUCCCCUCCCGUGCGUCUCGGCCUCGCCUAGUGUUUGAGGGGUCCAAAGUCUCCGUGUCGUCUCCACGACUCCACUUGCUCUCCUCUCGCUCUCGCUCUCCCUCUUCCUCCCACCUCCAGAUCGAUGCGUCGGCGGUAGAUCUCGCUCGCCUCCUCCCCCUCCUGCUCGACGGCGAGGAGAGCCACUAGCCAUGGGGAACUGCUGCUCCGACGAGAUGGGCGGCGGCGGCGGCCACGCGGGCCGCCACUCCGUCGGCCCCGCGGCGGCCGCGGCUGCGGCGGCGGCGGAGGCCGCGUCCGCCGCGGCCGACCGCUUCCUCCGCUCCCGCGGCGCCGGCGCGUCCACGCAGGUCGAGUUAUCUCUCUCUGCAUCAAAUUUGGGCGACCAAGAAUUCUUUACCAAGAGCAAUCCCAUGGUCAUUGUAUAUUCUAAAAGCAAAGAAGGAGCACUUGAAGAACUUGGGCGUACUGAAGUAAUAUUGAAUUCUUUGAACCCAUCUUGGAAUGCAAGAAUCAACGUGCACUACCAGUUUGAGGUUCUUCAACCAAUUGUGUUUCAGGUAUAUGACAUUGAUCCACAGUUUCAUGAUGUCAAUGAAAAGAUGCUUAAACUGGAAGAGCAACAAUUUCUUGGGGAGGCUGUCUGUCUUUUGUCUGAGGUUAUCACUAAACAAAACAGACUGUUGACUCUAAAGCUUGGCGUUUCCGAACAUAACCUACCAAAUCCUAGUAAAUUUGGUGAACUAAAUGUUCAGGCAGAAGAAAGUGCUGGUUCAAAAGCAAUAAUGGAGAUGGUAUUCCGCUGUUCAGAUCUUGAAAUCAAGGACCUUCUCUCAAAAAGUGAUCCCUUUUUACUAAUAUCUAGAAUAUCAGAGAGUGGAGUGCCUGUUCCAAUUUGUAAGACGGAAGUAAGGAAGAACGACCUCAAUCCCAAGUGGAAGCCAGUGAUCUUGAAUCUCCAACAGAUUGGAAGUAAGGAGAACCCUUUAAUCAUAGAGUGCUUCAACUUCAGUAGCAACGGCAAACAUGACCUAAUAGGCAAGAUAGUAAAAUCGGUCGCAGAAUUGGAAAAGAUGUAUCAUAGUCAGGAUGGUGAAAAUUUCUUUGUUCCUGCCAGCACUGCUCAUGAUAGUCACAGUAAGGAGGUACUAAAGAGUCAAGUGUAUGUGGAGAAAUAUCUUGAGAACAACAGACAGACUUUUCUAGAUUAUAUUUCUGCUGGGUGCCAAUUGAAUUUUAUGGUAGCCGUAGACUUCACAGCUUCAAAUGGAAAUCCACGGCUUCCAGAUUCCUUGCAUUAUAUUGAUCCCACUGGUCGGCCAAAUGCAUAUCAGAGAGCAAUACUGGAAGUAGGAGAUGUACUACAGUACUAUGACCCAGCUAAGCGGUUUCCCUCAUGGGGCUUUGGUGCUAGACCUAUUGAUGGUCCUGUUUCCCACUGUUUCAACCUGAAUGGUAGCACCUAUCAACCUGAGGUUGAGGGAAUACAAGGGAUUAUGUCAGCUUAUAUCAGUGCGCUUCGUAAUGUCUCAUUGGCUGGGCCCACCCUAUUUGGUCCAGUAGUUAGCACUGCUACGGCAAUAGCAAACCAAUCACUUGCCAACAACCAGCAGAAAUACUUUGUUCUGUUAAUAGUCACGGAUGGUGUGGUGACUGAUUUCCAAGAGACUAUCGAUGCAAUCAUAAAGGCAUCUGAUUUUCCUUUGUCCAUUCUUGUUGUUGGAGUUGGUGGAGCGGACUUCAAGGAAAUGGAGUUUCUAGAUCCAAAUAAAGGAGAGAGACUAGAAAGCUCAACAGGAAGAGUGGCAUCAAGGGAUAUGAUACAGUUCGCCCCAAUGAAGGAUGCCCAUGGCAGUGGGAUUUCGACAGUUCAGUCACUUCUUGCUGAAAUACCAGGGCAGUUCAUGACCUACAUGAGAACAAGAGAAAUUCAAGCAAUCAGUUAAUAUAUGGUGCCGUCUAUUUGUGAUUCUUAGUUGAUAGAAGAUGCACAUUCUAAUGGUCUUGUUGGUAUGGUUUUGGCUGUUGGGCCACAUCAUCAUGCAAAUUUUAAAGCCAUUGAUGUGUGAAAAGGUGGAAAGAUGGAUAGUCUGGACAUGUUACAAGUAAGAAAUAUGGAUCUGCUGGAAAUUUGUAGCCAAGGUCUAAUAUCAGUGGCGCAUUGUCCGUACUUGUCUUGUUGCUACUCAUGUUGACAAUGUGGUGCAGGGCAAUUGAAUUGAGGCAUGAAUUGCUUGGCACUGCAGAUUGGAAACUGUUGUCUCUGAAGAAACAUUUGAAUUGUGUAUGAUUCGUGUAAAGGUCAAAGGUUCGUAGUUUCGAACUUGCUGCUCAAAUCAAGCGAGUGGUAGUUUUUUUUUCUUCUAUAUUCUGGUUAUGGUGCUGAGUUUCCUCAGAUUAGCGGUUUCUAUCUGGGAUUCGUCUUCUUCAUACCUGCGUGUAAGAUCAUGUCUUGAAAUUAAGGGUUUGAACCCCAUGUUGACUCUUUGUGCGUACCUGGUAAAAAACAUUUUUGUCAGUAACUCUACCAUGUUCUGGUGUUAUAUUGAUGUUACAUAUAGUUCUGUUAGAAGUUAAUUAUGCUUAUUGAGGGUUGUACCAAUUGCGUUGUCGUGAUAUUUAUUGUUGUUAUACCUGCAUUGUCGUUACAACUAUCAUUAUCUUGUCUCA